GAAUUCAUUUGUUUUUGUUUACGCCAACAACAACGCCAUCACAAGUCGAAGUUGUUCAUCAUCCUUUUCUCUCAGCAUUUCUACAUCGACCACUUCACUGCCACUAGAUCCCUCUCUCGCAGCUUCCAUUCGCAAUCCAGAUUCUCCUUGAUCGAUUCCCAAUUUCAAUCGCGCCUCGCUAGAUCAAAGGGGAAUUUUCGCCCAAUAUUCCGUUUCCGCGUUUGCUUUCCACUUUCUAAACUCUAAUGCGGGGUUGCCUAGUACACUCUGCUACCACCUGAUCUAGUAAUAGAUGCCAUUUCAAUUUGUGAACCUCUUAUUCCUUGUCAACAUUAUUUAUAGAGGGAAAAAAGGUGCUAUUUCAGUUUGAAUAGCUUUAGGUUCUCAAACAAUUAAGGAAAUCAGUUAUGGCUCCUUCUAGGAAAUCUAGAAGUGUAAAUAAGAGGUUUUCUAAUGUUCGUGAGGCUGCAUCUAGUAAAGACAAAAAUUCAGAGAAUGCAAGCAAAAAUAGGCUGAAGGCAAGUCCUGGUAUUCAGAAGAAGAGAAAAUUGGCUGACAUGUUAGGGCCACAAUGGAAUAAGGAGGAACUCGAGCAUUUCUAUGAUGCUUACCGUAAAUAUGGGAAAGAUUGGAAGAAGGUUGCUCUUGCAGUACGUAAUAGAUCUGUGGAAAUGGUGGAGGCCCUGUACACUAUGAACAAGGCAUAUUUAUCUCUUCCAGAGGGUACUGCUUCUGUUGUUGGAUUGAUAGCAAUGAUGACAGAUCAUUAUAGUGUCCUGGGAGGAAGUGACAGUGGUAAAGAAAGCACUGAUGAUGCAGAAAUAUCUAAAAGGUCUCAAAAGCGUUUGCGGGGAAAGCAUCCAAGUGACAAUAAAGCAUUAGAUGGGCACUUUUCAGAUAAUUCUCAGUCACAUUCUGUUGCAUCAGGUGAUGGUUGCCUGUCAUUGUUGAAGAAUAGACAUUCUGGAAUUAGGUCUCAUGCUGUUCGAAAAAGGACUCCCCGUGUCCCUAUUUCAUAUUCUAUCGGAAAAGAUAAUGGAGAUCGGUUUUUUUCAUCUGCCAGGCCUGGCUCCAAACAAAUGGUUGAUACUAAUGAUGUUACUCAUAAGAUUGCAUUAGCAUUGGCAGAGGCAUCACAAAGAGGUGGAUCUUCAAAAAUUUCUGGAUCACCCGACAAAAAAUUUUUGCCCUCACCAGGUCUGAAAAGUGGGAAGAAGCAUCCUAAAUCAGAACUUGCUGGAGCCAAGUUUGGCAGUUCUGAUUUGGAUGAUGGUAGUUCUGAGUUGAGUUUAGGAAGCACUGAAGGUAAUAAUGAAGAUUAUUCUAGAAAAACAAUUCAUCGAAGUGGUAGAGAAAAUACCGGAAGAGGAAGGAAUCAAGAAAAGAAAAUAAAACAAUACAGGAAGAAUGAGCCAGAGGAGAAUUUAAACAAGCAUUUGAAUGACAUAAAGGAAGCCUCCAGUGGGACAGAUGAUGGCAAAACUCUUAGUUUUAUCAAAUCCAAUUUUGACCCAGAUUUUGCAGAUGCAAAGAAUACAAGGUCCUCUUACAAGGGUUCCAGGAUGAAAAGUAAAAGGCUACUGUUAGAAAAAGAUGAAGGUUCCGCUUUUGAUGCUCUGAAAACUUUGGCUGAUCUCUCUUUGAUGCUGCCAGUCACAAAUCCCGACACUGAGUCGUCUGCACAGUUCAAGGAAGGAAACCAUGAUGUUGUUGAUGAAUCUAAAAUGGAAACACAUAAUGUAUUUCCUAGGAUUGAAAGCACUGCUUCAAGUAAAUCGGGCAAGGUUUUCUUCAAUAAUGGAGUUGCUGUUCCUGAAUCAGAGGGAACAGACCAGCUUAAUGCAGGAUUUAGGAAAAGGAAACAAAAAUCUUUUAACUUGAAAAAUGAUGAAACUCAUACUGGUUUUCAUUUAAGUGGUUCCCAGAAAAUCAAGGCUACUGAUGAGGUGAAGAAACCCAUGGUUAAAGGAAAGCGGUCAUCUGUUUCUACUGCACAUUCAAGACAACUAAAAGUUGUGAAAUCCCCAGGAAAUCCGUCUUCUAGCACUAAUGACAAAGGGCAAGGGGAUGAUUCAUCUUUUUCGCCCAUGAAGGUUUCAUCAACUAACCAAGUCAGUCCAGUAAACAGAGUAAGGCCAAGAAGAAAGAUGGAAAAACCAAAACCAAUGGUACAAAAAGAUUCGGUUGUGUCUAGAAAUAUUUUUAGUGGUCAACGUAAUAAAUCGAAUGCUUCUCUCCAAAAUCGCUCUUCUAGUCAAAAGGGAAAGCUUAUCAAUUGUGUGUCUUCGUAUCAAAUGCGACGAUGGUGCACUUUUGAGUGGUUUUAUAGUGCUAUUGAUUACCCUUGGUUUUCAAAGAGAGAGUUUGUGGAGUACUUAGACCAUGUUGGAUUGGGUCAUGUUCCAAGAUUGACUCGUAUUGAGUGGGGUGUCAUUAGAAGUUCUCUUGGCAGACCACGAAGAUUUUCCGAGCAAUUUUUGAUAGAAGAAAAACAUAAACUUAAUCAAUACAGGGAAUCUGUUAGAUCACAUUAUGCUGAAAUUCUUGCUGGUACCAAGGAAGGACUUCCUACUGAUUUGGCCCAGCCUUUAAUUGUUGGGCAGCGUGUUAUUGCUAUUCAUCCAAAGACGAGGGAGAUUCAUGAUGGAAGUGUACUAACUGUUGACCAUUGUAGGUAUAGGGUUCAGUUUGACCAGCCUGAACUUGGGGUUGAAUUUGUCAUGGAUAUUGACUGCAUGCCUUUUUAUCCAUUUGAAAAUAUGCCUACAUCUCUUAUACAACACAAUAUUUCUUCUGCUCAAAUAAACGAGAACUUGAAUGAGCUCAAGCCUAAUGGAAAACUGAAACAGAGAAAGGUUGCUGGGCACACAAUAUUGUCCCCUAGUGAGAACUUGGAUACCUUAAAAAAUCUUCAUAUAUCCCCCAAUAUGCACAGAAGCAGUACUUUAUCAAAACAGGGUUUUUCUUCAAGCUCCAAAUCGCAACUGAAAGUUGUUUGCAGUGAGAUUGGUAACGCCCAACUAGCAUCAAGUUCUCAACCUUCCCUUCUUGAACAUGUCCAUUCAAAAGAAGCUGACAUAUUAGCUAUUUCAGAGUUGAAUCGUGCUCUGGACAAAAAGGAACUUGUAUUGUCUGAACUGAAGCACAUGAACGAUGGGGUAUCAGAGAGCCAGAAAUAUGGAGACAGCUCGGUGAAGGAUUCAGAACCUUUUAGGAGAAAUUAUGCUUCAGUACUAAAGCAAUUAACUGAAGCCAAUGAACAGGUCUCUUCUGCUUUGUUUUGCUUGAGACAACGCAACACAUAUCAAGGAAGCUCCUCUGUUUUGUCGUUAAAGCCCAUGGUUAAUUUUGAUGAUCCUAGUGGUCAGGCCAGCUCUUCCAAUUGUUCAGUUUGCCACAAUCAAGAACCUGUAUCUCAAAGUCAUAUAACUGAAAUUGUUGAGAGUUCAAGAAGAAAAGCACGAACAAUGGUUGUUCAAGCCACACAGGCAAUGUCAAAUUUAAGAAAGACAGAAAGUAAGGUUGAAAGAAUUGAGGAUGCAAUAAGGUUUAUCAAUAGUCAACUUUCGCUGGAAGACCCUACUGCUUCAGCCACAAUAUUUCUGCCUGCAGACUCUUUUACUCUGGCUUCUCAGGAUCAAUUGACUGCUAGUGUAUUAAAUCCAUUGGCAAGUUGUCAUGUACAAGAUGCUGAACUUAACAGUUCAUCUGACCAAAAUGAAAUGAAAAUUCCCUCAGAACUUAUAUCUCAUUGCCUAGCUACAUUGUUCAUGAUUCAGAAGUGUACGGAACGACAAUUUCCCCCAGCUGAUGUUGCUCAGGUACUAGAUUCCGCUGUCACCAGUUUGCAGCCAUUAUGUUCAAAGAAUCUUCCAAUAUAUGGUGAGAUACAGAAAUGCAUGGGUAUUAUAAGAAAUCAGAUAUUGGCACUUAUACCUACAUAGAUUGGACUCGUUCCUUCUUUGUUGUUUGUAAAUCUGUAAUACUCGGGUAUUUGGCUGGUUCAACUCUAGCUGAGGUGAUCUCUAUGGAGGCUCGUAAGAGAUGCCUACCUCCAUUGGGACCCAGAUAUUUGAUAUUCAUAUUUUAAAAGGGGGAGAAACUAUUUAUAGACUGUUCAUACAAUUGUAGCCGAAAGAAAAGAGAAGAUUAUAUAUCUUUUCUCUUUUCAGAUGUACAUAUUUUUAAAGAUCAAAUCAUAGUUAGGGACUAGCAUGUCCUAUUCAGCACCAUUAAUGUGUAUGAUGUCAUCAUGUUAAAUGCCAUAAGCUUUGUGUAUGCUAUUGUCAAAUUGAACAGGCUGAUUAAUGUAUAUUCCCGGAACUGUAAUUGUAAUCUUUAUUUUCUUUCA